GUCUACUAUACUAUAUGCUGCAGUCCUGUUUUUUAAUUCAGGGUAUGUUGAUGCCUGUAUAGCACAGUACCUAUAACCAUAUUGUAUUUGUUCAUUUUGGGAGGCUUUGAAAAAACAGGAUUGCAAGAACAUACAGGGAGGGAAUUUUUUGAUCCCCUGCUGAUUUUGUACGUUUGCCCACUCUCAAAGAAAUGAUCAGUAUAUAAUUUUUUUUGGUAGGUUUAUUUGAACAGUGAGAGACAGAUUAACAACAACAAAAUCCAGAAAAAACACGUCAAAUUGUUAUAAAUUGAUUUGCAUUUUAUUGAGUGAAAUACGUGUUUGACCCAAACAUUACUUAGUACUUGGUGGCAAAACCCUUUUUGGCAAUCACAGAGGUCAGACGUUUCUUGUAGUUGGCCAUUAGGUUCGCGAACAUUUCUCGAAAGGGAUUUUGUCCCACUCCUCUUUGCAGAUCUUCUCCAAGUCAUUAAGGUUUCCAGGCUGACUUUGGCAACUCGAACCUUCAGCUCCCUCCAUAAAUCUUCUAUGGGAUUACGGUCUGGAUACUGGCAAGGCCACUCCAGGACCUUAAUGUGCAACCACUCCUUUGUUGCCUUGGCCAUGUGUUUUGGGUCAUUAUCAUGCUGGAAUAACCAUCAACGACCCAUUUUCCAUGUCCUGGCUGAGGGAAGGAGGUUCUCACCCAAGAUUCGACGGUAUAUGGCCCCGUCCAUCGUCCCUUUUAUGCAGUGAAGUUGUCCGGUCCCCUUAGCAGAAAAACAACCCCAAAGCAUUGUUUCCAUCUCUGUGUUUGACGGUGGGGAUGGUGUUCUUGGGGUCAUAGGCAGCAUUCCUCCUCCUCCAAACACGGCGAGUUGAGAUGAUGCCAAAGUUCUCGAUUUUGGUCUCAUCUGACCACAACACCACCCAGUUCUUUUCUGAAUCAUUCAGAUGUUCAUUGGAAAACUUUAGACAGGCCCUGUACAUGUGCUUUAUUGAGCAGGGGGACUUUGCAGGCGCUGCAAGAUUUCAGUCCUUCACGGCGUAGUGUGUUACCAAUUGUUUUCUUGGUCCGAGCUGCCCUGAGAUCAUUGACAAGAUCCUCCCGUGUAGUUCUGGGCUAAUUCCUCACCGUUCUCAUGAUCAUUGCAACUCCACAAGGACUGAAACAAGACUCCAAUAACUGGAUAUCUGCUUGUUGGAAAGUGUAGGAAACCUGCUGAUAAGAAUGGAAAUCAGUUCCAUGGUUGACUUUUGCCAAAUAUGUAAAGUAUUGCAGGUGAAGUAGCACUUGAUUAUGCACUCAGAUUUGAGCUCAGAGUAGAUUGUAUCACAUAACAAGUGGGUGAACCUCCAGAGAUGCUUGAUUACUCUCCAACUAUUUCAAGUACUGUCAUUGAGCCAUUGUCAUUGAACAGCAACUACUUUCUUAUAUUGUUGCCACUUCUGCAGAUUUUUUAUAGGUAAAUUUAUAUCAGUUGGUGUGCUCGACUUCAUGCAGCGCCGACAGCCGCCUGCAGCUGGCUGACUUGAAACAGUGAAUUCUGGUUAGACUUUUUGUCCUUCUUGAGACGGCACCAAGGCUAGGUCACUGUGACGUAUGCCAUCAAAUUACCGUGAGAUCAACUCAAGAACUGCCGGCUGUGAGGCCGAGCAAAUUUUCUCGAGAGCAACUGCACGGGUUCUAAUGACAACACAGCUAUUUCCUGACUGGCCAGACACGGGAACUUUGACGUGUGCUAUGUAUUUAUUAUGAAAUCUUCAGUUUCGCCAAUGCUCAAAUCCGGACCAAACUGUACAAUUGAAUUGAAUAUUUGUCUUUAUUGACAGACUGCAAUAGCCUAAGUUGUUGAAGAACGUUUUUUAGUCCGCCUCUUUACUAACGAAAAGACUAAGUUUAGUUUUGAGUUCUAGUUGUAGGCCUAUUAUCGAUCUGCAGAUUUAAGAGAGUUUCACAUAGCCCAAUACAUAAAAUGAAAUUUCCGUGCACUGGUUCGUGCAAGUCCGAAAGCGAAAACAAUUAAAUUAGCGACCAUGCAGUCCGUCAGCGAUAAAGUAAGCAAACAGCACUUGAUCAGCCAUGACUGAUGUCAACGCAGCAAACCACGAGAAGCAGCAAUGUCAGUCUUUACAAAGCCGUUUUUCAACUGUUCCCCGACUGCAAACGGCAACUCUCACUGGUCGUUUCAUGCAGCCGCAGCCAAUGUCGAACACGCCAUCUGUCUCCAUUCCCAGCUAGGAGGGUGUGGUUUGUUUGGCGUAGGGGUGUGGCUCUCCUUCACCCAGGCGGAGUUCUCCUCCCUGCCAGUGUCCUUCCCCUCCCUCUCCGCUGCCAAUCUAUUACUGGUUGCCGGGGGCGUCACUAUGGUAACAGGCUUCCUGGGUUGCCUUGGUGCCCUGAAAGAGCAACGCUGUCUAUUGAUGACGUUCUUUGUCAUCCUCUUGCUCCUGGUGCUGACGGAGGUGACUCUGACGCUAGUCCUGCACAUAUUUCGCAAAGAGCUGGACACCCAUGCCCAGGAUGAGUUAAAGAAGGGAAUGUUUGAUGAAGGACUGAGGAAGUCAUGGGACAAUGUACAAAAAAUGUUCAAGUGCUGUGGCGUGACAAACAAGACAGAUUGGUACUUGGUGACAAACGGAACCCUCCCCUCAUCUUGUUGCUCCGUUAGGACAGAGCAAUGUGAUGACGGAUGGAGUGAGCCGUGUUAUCAGAAGGCCAGACAGUGGCUCUUGGACAACAUCCCCUCCGUUCUAAUGUUUGGAGUCUGCAUCAGCAUCAUUCAGAUCCUGGCCUUGGUCUUUUCCUUACUUAUGUACUGUCAAAUCAUGCGUGCUGAGAAGUACUUGGACUGAGCUGGAUCUGCAUCCUGCAGACAUAACAAUGAGAAAUUCCUUUUCAGGAAGGCAAACGAUGAACUCACCAGGGAACAAAAAAUGGUAGUUAAGGUGAUAAGGGGAUGGAUGUGGGAGAUUGAUACAGGGUCUAUCAGUGCACUAAAACCAUGCAUUUACCCAAUUCCAAAUCAACUUCCCACCCUUGGAACUGAUGUGCUAUUGUAAUGAAGGAUCCUGUUUAUUUUAUAACACCUAUGUACUCCUGGAUAGGUUCUGUACGUACCAGUCAAUGGUCAACGGGCAGGUACCAUCACUGUUAUAGUCCAAAAUGAAGAAAGUUGUAAAAUAACCAUUUUGGUGAACUUCACAUGAAAAUAAAGUUGUUUUGUGCUUAGUAGAAUUUAUUUUUAUUUGAAAGGGUAAACUGCUCGCUAAACAUGAGCCUUAACACAUUUUUAGCGAUUUCUCUGAAUACAUUUGGAGUGGUUGUUGUAAACUUGCACAUAUUGUAAAAUACAUACAAUCAAAUGAAUCAAAUGUCAUUAUGAUGUAGUAUCCAAUAAACUGCUAAUCCAGA